AUGGAUAAUUGUAAAGCUAUGUCUACUCCAAUGGGAUCCAGAACUUAUGUUGAUCAAGAUGAAUCCAUUAUGGCAAUAGAUAUUACAAAGUACCGAGAAAAUCUUAAGGAAUCACAUCUCACCGCUAUAAAGAGAAUCAUGAAGUAUCUCAAGGGAACUACCAAUGUUCUCCUAUGGUAUCCAAAAGGUAGUAUAUGUGAUCUAGUUGGAUUUUCUGACUCAGAUUAUGCGGGUUCCAAAACUGAUCGCAAAAUUACAAGUUGUACUUGUCACAUUCUAGGAAACGCACUAGUAUCACGGUCUUGCAAGAAACAAGUGUGUGUUGCACUUAGCACAGUCGAAGCAGAAUGCAUUGCGGCAGGAAGUUGUUGCGCUUAA